AGUCGCAUCAUGAUCAACAUGAACGGAGAGGCUAGCUGGAUGUAGUUUAUUUCUUUGAGGUACAAUCUGCCUACUAGGCAUCGUGGCAUCAUAUAUUUUCCUGUCCUCAAAGCCGCCCAUCCAUUUCCCUUUUGACAGUAGACCAGUUUCCGUACCCAUCACACAUCCAAAAAUGGCGCCACACCACGACGACAAGACCCCGGCGCCGGCAGAGGGCGCCAAGGCCGAGUACCUGGCCCAGCUGCCGUCGCAGAACGUGGCGCCGCUGUGGACCGUCAUGUCGGCCAUGGUGCCGCCGCGGCCGAACCCCAAGGCCGUCGUGGCCAAGUGGUCGUACCCGGAGCUGCUGCCGCUGCUGCUGCGGAGCGGCGAGCUGGUCGACACGGAGGAGGCGGAGCGCCGCGUGCUCAUGCUCGUCAACCCGGCCAUGCGCGCCCCGCACACCACCGACACCAUCUACGCCGGCCUGCAGCUCAUCCUGCCGGGCGAGACGGCCCGCGCCCACCGCCACACGGCCUCGGCCCUGCGCUUCAUCGUCCAGGGCGACCGGGGCUUCACCGCCGUCGGCGGGAGGAAGAUCACCAUGGAGAAGGGGGACGUCAUCCUGACGCCGAGCUGGGAGUGGCACGACCACGGCCACGACGGCGACGGCCCCAUGAUCUGGCUCGACGGGCUCGACCUACCCCUGUUCCAGUCCUUCCCCACCAACUUUGCCGAGAUAUACGACUCGCCGCGCUACCCGAGCGAGCACUUCCACGACGAGGUCGACAUCCGCAUCCCCUGGACGACCGCGCGGGCCGCCCUAGACGGCCAGGAGGACACCUGGGCCACGUUCCGCUACACGCGCAGGCCCGGCGGCGCGGGCGCCGAGCCCGUCGAGAUCUCGAGGACGCUGGGCGCGCAGGCCGAGCGGGUCGACGCGGGCGCCGCCAGCGCGCCCGUCAGGGAGACGUGCUCGUUCGUGUACCAUGUCUACGAGGGCACGGGCAGCAGCGCCCUGCGCCUGCCUGACGGCACGGAGGAGGUUGUCAAGUGGGGGCCCGGCGACACCUUUGCCGUCCCGGCCUGGACCGAGAGGGUGCACCGGGCCGACGGGGGCGUGCGGUGUUACCUGUUUGCGGUGAAUGAUUUGCCCAUGCUCAAGGCGCUGGGUAUGUACAAAAAGGAGUAGGGAUUGGGGAUAUCACUGCUGUAUAUUAUCAUAACAAGACCAAAGGAUUAUUCACAUGCUAUGUAUUAUCAUGGCAAGACCAAAGGAUUAUUCACAUG